AUGAUCAUUAUGGCACGUCCAUCGGUUUCGAUGCCAAAAUGGGUUUACAUUACCAAUCAAUUAAGUGAAAAAAUAUUGAUUGUGCAUUGUCAAUCCAAAGACGACGACCUCGGAGGCCAUGCGGUAGCCGUUGGGGCUAGCUUCAACUGGAGCUUCGGGCCGAAUUUAUUUGGCGGGACACUUUUCUGGUGCAAACUCGCGGUCGAAAAUAAGCGUAUUUCUUUCGUGGCGUACAAAGAAUAUUAUGAAGGUUUCGGGAGAUGGGUUGUUUGUGACGAUGGACUUUAUGGGACGCCCGAGGAUCGUCCGGUCUUUCUCAAAGCUCAAUGGAUGCGACCAUAA